GGGGCUGGCCGGGGAGCGCCCGAGGCGGGGAGAAGCGCGGUGAGGCGCUGGCCCCAGCAUGUCGCUGCCGCCGGAGAAAGCCUCGGAGCUGAAGCAGCUCAUCCACCAGCAGCUGAGCAAGAUGGAUGUCCAUGGCAGAAUAAGAGAAAUCCUUGCUGAGACAAUACGGGAAGAAUUGGCACCUGAUCAACAACAGUUAUCAACUGAAGAUUUGAUCAAAGCCCUUAGACGUCGGGGAAUCAUUGAUGAUGUGAUGAAAGAACUUAAUUUUGUUACUGACAGUGUUGAUCAAGAACUCCCUUCCUCUCCAAAACAACCUGUUUGUUUCACUGAUAGACAAUCAACCUUGUUAAAAAAAACUAAUAUUGAUCCAACACGGAGGUAUCUUUACCUUCAGGUUUUGGGUGGAAAAGCUUUCUUGGAACAUCUACAAGAACCUGAGCCUUUACCGGGACAAGUUUGUUCAACCUUUACUUUAUGUUUACAUUUUCGAAACCAACGUUUUCGUUCUAAACCUGUUCCAUGUGCCUGUGAACCAGAUUUUCAUGAUGGCUUUUUACUUGAAGUACACAGAGAAAGCUUGGGUGAUGGAACUAGAAUGGCUGAUUCAACAACAAUGUUAUCAAUAAGCGAUCCAGUUCAUAUGGUGCUAAUCAAAACAGACAUAUUUGGUGAGACUACUUUAGUAGCAUCCUAUUUUCUUGAAUGGCGAUCAGUUUUGGGCUCAGAAAAUGGAGUGACCAGUCUUACUGUGGAACUUAUGGGUGUAGGCACAGAAUCAAAAGUUUCUGUGGGAAUUUUAAAUAUAAAACUUGAGAUGUACCCACCACUCAAUCAAACAUUAUCUCAAGAAGUAGUGAACACACAGCUUGCUUUGGAACGUCAGAAAACUGCAGAGAAAGAACGAUUAUUUCUUGUAUAUGCUAAGCAGUGGUGGAGAGAAUAUUUGCAGAUUCGACCCUCACACAACUCCCGGCUGGUUAAGAUUUUUGCACAGGAUGAAAAUGGGAUAAAUAGACCAGUCUGUUCCUAUAUUAAACCACUUCGAGCUGGGAGGCUUUUGGAUACUCCAAGGCAAGCAGCAAGAUUUGUUAAUGUCCUUGGUUAUGAAAGAGCCCCGGUUAUUGGAGGAGGAGGUAAACAGGAACAGUGGUGCACUCUGCUGGCCUUUCUCUGUAGAAACAAGGGUGACUGUGAAGAUCAUGCUAAUCUUCUGUGCAGCCUUCUUCUUGGAUAUGGAUUAGAAGCCUUUGUGUGUGUUGGGACUAAGGCAAAAGGAAUACCUCAUGCAUGGGUUAUGACCUGUGGAACUGAUGGAACUGUCACUUUUUGGGAGAGUUUAACGGGACACAGGUAUAUCCACAAACCUGUCAAUCCUGAUGAAUCUCCAGUUGCUGAACAGCCCAAGCCAUUGUACCCAUAUCGAACAAUUGGUUGUGUUUUCAAUCAUCAGAUGUUCCUGGGAAAUUGUCAGCCCUCUGACUCAGUAGAAAUAUGUGUGUUUGAUUUGAAUGAUGAAUCCAAAUGGAAACCCAUGAGUGAAGAAGCAAUCAAAUCUGUGUGUGCCCCAGGAGCUACAACAUCCCUUCCUCCCUUUCCCCCUCUAUGUGCAUCUACAAUUGAUGCUUCAGUAACAAGUAAUGAAAUAGAAAUGCAGCUAAGGCUACUAGUGUCAGAACACAGAAAGGAUCUUGGUCUCACCACUGUUUGGGAAGACCAGCUUUCCUAUCUCUUAUCACCAGCUUUGGCUUCUUAUGAAUUUGAGCGUACAACAAGUAUAUCUGCAGGCAAUGAAGAAUUUCAAGAUGCCAUAAGGAGGGCUGUACCUGAUGGUCACACAUUUAAAGGGUUCCCAAUACAUUUUGUAUAUAGAAAUGCAAGGCGUGCAUUUGCCACAUGUCUUCGGUCUCCUUUCUGUGAAGAAAUAAUCUGUUGCCGUGGAGACCAGGUGCGACUGGCAGUUCGUGUCCGAGUGUUUACUUACCCUGAAUCUGCAUGUGCUGUUUGGAUCAUGUUUGCUUGUAAAUAUCGCUCAGUAUUAUAGGACUAACAUUUCUGUAAGAAUAUACCUGUGUUUUAUUGGAAUUUUACACAUUGUACAUUACUAGCUGUUUAGAGGUUCAUUAUUUUAAAAAUCAUAUUCUGGCUUGGAUGUCAUAUUUUACUAUUGUAUAUACCUGACUGAAAAUGUUUGAAAAAAAUCAUGUAUGUAUUUAAAAAUUAAGAAUGAAAAACUUGUAUAAAUCUGAGUGGAAUUUAGUAUAAAUUAAGUGUUUAUUUUAAUAAAUGCUACUUUGUUUACAGGUAUUCAGUAGUUUAAAUAUGAAUAUAAAAUUUACCCAGUUUUCUUUGCAUUAACAGGCAAUCAGAGAGAUACUUAUUUGUCUGAGGGUUUGAGCCAUAGUAAAGUCAAUAUGGAACAUUAUAUUUCAUAGCUUAAAUGGGAUUAUUUUAUAUAAAUAGAAGUUAACCUCACAACAGAUUUAUUUAUUAGGUAAAAAUACAUCUUGAUGAAUUAUCACUUUAGUGGUUUACCCGUGGCUAUAGGGAUAUUUAUGACUUUCCAGGGAUUUAUGGGAGGACUUCGAUGCAAGAGCAGGAAAAACUAAUACCCGAAAACAUAAAUAUUAAUAAUAAAAAAAACUCACAGAAAAGUACAUGAAUAAUUUAUAAGUAUUUGAUUGAAUUAUCAUAAAAAUGAAUUGAGUAUUUUAGAAAAAAUUUAUCAUACUCUUUUUUUUAUGAUACUGAU